AUGAGGCGGGACCUGGGAACAAUUUUGCAGCCGCCGUGUUGCCUGGCAACAAAGGAAUGGCAGAGAAAAGACAAAAUGGCGAAUGUUUCCACUCCUGGUGGCUUUUCGACUCCUUACAAUACAGGUAUGGUGUCUGGACCAGCUAUAGAGUGUAAAAUUGGACACUUAAACACUUGGUUCUAUUGUUAGGUAGAAGUUUCGCCUCUCAGUUCUCUGCGUUGAGGUCUUCAUAGCCAUCUGCAUCUUGUUGCCCUGGCCCUCUGGUCAAUCAUCAGGUGUUUUCAGUUGUCUGUCCUCAUUGUUUGGACACAUGUUACAUACAUACAUACAAACAUAAGCUUACAUGCAUACAUACGUUAUUCGAGGUAUCAUAAAAACAAAAAUACAGAAAUAACACCCUGAAACCAGGCUUAAACUAAAGGAUCUGAUGGUAUGUUGAUCAAGACCGGAAGAUUCCGAUUACUACGUUUAUAAUUAUCACUCUAUGCAUGUGUUUUGGGUGAAGAGAUAAGUGCGAUCUAGGACUCGCAACAGGCUAGUGGUUGGUUGAGGGGUGCGCACUGGCACAGCUUAUACGAUACUAAUGUACCAGUCAAUUCCAUUGUCCCUAUUUUUUAAGCAGAGGUACGAUUUAGAGGUAACACUGAUUAAUUUGUUCUUGUGUCAUCAACUGCCUGUUGCUAAGUACAAAUAAUAACAUUAAUUCUUUUUCUACAGUUGCUGGCAGUGUAUCACCAACAAAAGUCCAUGGCUCAGAAUUCUUUGCUGUUGCAUCAGGAGUUCAGAUCCCUUAUGUUGGUAGAGAUGAAACUGGUCUUAAUGCCAGCAGAGUUAGUACACCGCCAUUUCCUGAUGAAUAUCCCUCUAGAUUAGCACAUAGCUCUAUAGCUCCAUUGGUGCCCCCAAUACAGCACAAACAGUUACCAAAGGAUGAACCAUUGGCAAGACUUGCAGAUGUGUUUUCUCAGUAUCAUUCUGUUGCUGAUAAGAGCAGCAAAGAUAUCAGUCGAUCAUACUUGAAAAAAAUUAGCAACGGACUGGUCUUCACUGAAGAUGUACUACAAGACCGUGCCCCUCACACACUGCCGUAUAAUGAUGGUGAUCUACAAGGAGUCUUUAAGAGUGGAGGUUUAUUCCAUUCCAAGGCUGCUACUGUUGGUCUUGUGGGUAGGCAUGAUACUCGUGGAGUGGUAAAAAGACACGCUCUUUGUCAUUUAAAAGGACCUAGAAAACUCAAACCACUGAAAAGGUCAAAGACUACACCAGCUACAACUGACUCGGAACAGCAUAUACCUAUUCCAAAAAUUAAGUUAAAACCAUCAUCUACUGAUGUUCCUCUGUCUAAAGAUGCUGGAAGGCAUGAGUGGGAUGAAUUUGUACUUGCGUGCCUCAGUCAAUCCACAGCUAACUGGAUUAUUAAUGAACAGUCACAUGGAAGUGACAAGGAAAGACUUAAAAGUUUUUUUGAAAAAAGAAAUCAAGAAACAGAAGAAAAAACAACCUCCGUGGAACUUGCAGGGACCACAAAAGAAGGGAAGAAGCAAACUUCAGCAAAGAAGAAAGUAAAAGAUAUCACAGACAAAAAGUCACGGCAAGCCUUAGAAAUUCAUUACACACCCUCUUUCACUCUAUCCCCUAAAGUUGGAAGCAAGAAACUUGAAACAGAUAACAUUUUUCAACAGGAACUCCUGGGUGGUGCACAGCCAUUACCUUCUAAAAAGGCUUCAGAAUCAAGUUUUAUUGUUCUUGACACUACUGACAAGCUUAAGUUUCAGAAACAGUUACAACAAAAUUUUCCUCAAGGCUCUGGUGUUUGGUAUACUAGUAAAGGACCAUCUGGUAAAGUAAAGGCAAAACAGUCACCAAAAAAUCCAAAAAAGGUAGUGAAAGGAUUACAACGGUGGAAAGAGCUGCCGGUUGUAGUGCAGGUAGGAAAUUACAAAAACUGUUAUGCUACAGUCACUGUGGAAGCUCUGUUAAUGGACACUCUGCUAAUACAUGAAGCUCAACUUACAGUGGCCUUCACAAAACCUGUUUUAAUUCAUUCAUUCUUGUGAGCAUGGACAAUUCCUGUGUCCUGUGGACACUUUCAGGAUUUAUAAGUUAGAUUUUAGCUUUGUUUUUAAGCUCCCAGCUAAGUGGCCACCUGAAAUGAAAUUCAGCCCCGAAUCUUAUGUGUCUUAAUUAUCAAUUUUUCAAUGGCUGUUUGUCACAAUGAACAGUUUCAGCAUUUGUUUUUUUCACAUACACGCCCGUUUACACUGCAAAACGCUGCUUUAAACUUUUAUGCUUGUGACUGAAUGCUGUUGUUGUCAGAACAACAGUAUAGCCAGACACAGGUUUUUGCAUUAUCAAUGUUUAUUUUUAGUUGGGCAAGCUCCUAUAAGCAGACAUAACCCUUCUCGUAUUAAAGCGGCCAUAAAGCUGCAGUAACAGAUACCUUUUUUGCAUCCCAAGGGUGUCUGCUUAUAAGAGCAUCCUCUGUAAUAAUUUUUAGCAGAGCUCCGUGUGCAGGUGAGGGGGGUACCCCCAUAUGUAAGAUAAAAUAUGGUUAUCUAUCAAUCGGAGAAAUUUUGGUAGUCAGUUGGCCAUAAGUCGACUGAAAUUCCCUUUCUAGGCCUGGCUUAAUCUAUAUCUUGUUUUCAAGAACUUUGUUUCAAAAACCUUAGAAUAUUGCAGGUCUUGGAUUGUGUGGUUCCCACAAAAAUAUCCAUGCCCACCCUGUGGUGGGUCAUUGGGAAUUUUAAAGGGGGAGUGGGGUGUGAAAGGGCAAGUCUGGGUUGAAACUGGAAUUUUCAGAGGGGUGCAUGGGGACUAUGGACGUUUUCUGGAUUACAACACAUUUCUUUAUUAACUUGAGAUCAUUCAUUGUUAUACGUGUACGACUGUAAUACAUUUUCCUCAUUCUCAAGAUUUUCCAAUAAACUUAAUAAUGUUCAACUUCAAAAUUUAAGUCAACAUGACAGUUUUAUUUUGGCCAUAGAAACUGCUAACUGACUGGAUGGUUUUGUGUUUUAUAACUAAGUCAAGACUUGUCUUUCUUUCCACAAAUUUUCUUAAGGAUGAUGAUUAUGUUCCUGUAAUGAAAGAAUCUAACAUUGAUGUCAAGGCCUUGAGCAAUGCUUACAAGGAAAAGAAGAAGAUACGGGAUGACUCAAAUGUAGUCAAAAUUGGUGAGGCAUUCUGAUUGUUUUCUUUCAUGCUCUUUUGGAAAAUAACUUAUAAUUAUUUUAACUUAUUUAUAGAUUAAUCCCAUUUGCAGAAAAAUAUCUUUUAUCGGUAAGGCACAAAUCAAGAAAUGGAAGUUGAAGGCUUUAGAACUAAAUUAUUUAAAGGGACACUGUCCGAAUUAUGCACAUGCUCAAAUGUCAAUCAUCUGUUUUUUCGUGGAAAGAUAACAGAACCGUCACAUUGACGUGACAAGAUUUCUUUGCAGACUGCACCCUGUCAAAGAUCCGUUGUUUACAUUCUCAAGUUUAUUUUCAGAAUUUAGACUUGAAAAAUUCUUUUAUCAGAUUUAAUAAUUGCUUUGCGAGUGGCCAUGCAUAACAUAGUGGUCAUCCAGUAAGCUGUAAGUUUAAAAAAGAACUACAACAAUACUACAUUUCGGAAAUUGAAAAUUACAGCAAUAGAAAAUUACAAUGAUCUGCGUAAACUCGAAGAACAAAGAGUGACAACCCUUAAGUCCAUGCAAAUCACUGCAAUUAAAAUAACACAUAUACUAAUUACAUACAGUACUAUAUAAUUAACAUUGUAAUCAAUCUUAAAAAUUAUAUCAAUAAUGUACACCAAGAUAGAGAGCUGUAUAAUUAUAUUUGUACACACUGUUGUGAAAUCUGUGUCAGAAGUCAUUUUGUGACAAGUGCAGUAAUCUUUGCUUGCAUUCUGCCGGCUAAGUUUAAAAAAUCAUAUUUUAAUGCCCUGAUAUCUUUAUUCAUAAAAUUUUAAAACUUUUACUCCAUGUUGGCACAGAGACAUAUAUGUACAGGAUGUUACCACAGCAACUUUGUAAUCUCACAUUGUGAACUUAUAAAUUAAUGCUGGAAUUUUGCCCCAAAAUGGAGGAGUUAUUUGUCACCCAUGAUGAUAUUAGUUUGCUAACACAUUGUUGCAAACCAUCUGCUUCAUCAAAUCCACAAGAUCUCUUGAAUUUAGUCACAUCCACAUCUCAUGACAGUGAGUUUCUUCAUUUAUAUAAUAAUAAUAUAAAUAAGCAGAAAUGGAACAGCAGCAUAACAGACAUUAUUAUGGUCGUUUAUGCUACUGUUCCAUUUCUGUUUAUUUCCUUUCACGAAUGUCAGAGCUUGCUUCAAAUGGAUAUUUGAAGGUUCUGUAACACCCUUCACAUCUUAAUUUGAUUUUGCGACUGGUCAGAAAAUCAAAGUUUAAAUGGGAUUGUGGGUUCCUUUAAAAUGCAUCAAUGUCAUUGAAUUAUAUGUAUGUCAACAGUUUGUUAUGUUAUUAAAUCUUCUUGUGCUUGUGUUUCCUAUAGUGGAAGAAUGGAGAUCCAAGUGGUUUCUUGAACGUCGCUGGCAAAAAUGUGGAAGUGAUGAGCUGAUAAAAGCCAUGAGUGAUAUUAAUGAUCACGUCAGACUUGCUGCUGUGUCAGCAUGUAGCAAGGCUGCUGAGCUCCGGCAGAUAGACAAACAACAAAAUAAACUAGGUAAUCUUUCAAUGCAUUAUUUUUAUAAUUUGUAGUUAGUUUUUUUUAUCAAAGUAAAAUGUCAGAAAAUGAUGUUUAAAAACUCAACAAUAAUUUUUCAUUGUCUAUAGUCUCCAUUAGAUCGUGAAAAUGAUGUCAAAUUGUUGAAGGUGGACAAUAGAAAAUUGUCAUUGUCGAUUUACUAUCUUAAUGAUAUUGAGUGAAAUAUUUUCAACACAGGAAGAGAAAUUUGGUUUGUCAAAGCAUCCAUGUUCUGUGUUAUUUUUAUUACACACCAGUGAAAUGCCAAACUACUUUUUGCUCUGAAAAACUUGGUUUAUUAUGUAGCCAUAGCAACAGUGAUCUUUUCCCAUGUAAAAAAUAAUGUGUCAUUUUCAGUUGUGAAGAUAUCGUGUUUCCUAGCGAAAUCUCACCUGGUAUUUCAUUAGUGUCCAUAUAAAAAUAAUAUUAAUCAUUAUUUAAUUGUCUUCCUCUCAUGUUUGACUCAACUCUAUACACAGGGAUCAUGUUAGACAAAUCUAAGGCACCUACACCUCCCCUGGAAGCUGUACUCGAACCUGAGUUAAUAGAAGCUAUUGCAAAGCUGUUGGAUGACAGGAAUUCGCAAGUCAGAGUUGCUGCUGCUAUCACAAUGUAUUCAUUGAAUAAACCUAGUGACAAGGUACCUGAUGAAUAUUAGUUAUAGUUUACUUGACCCUGGGCUGUACAUUUGUACUUUCUUGUACCUUUGUGGUUGUGAAUUGUUAAGUAAGUGUACCUGUCUUCAGUCUAACAAUCACGAGAACUGUGCUGGUUGACGCCCACACCCACAAUAGGUCAGACAAUGCCUGGUUGCUCAAGUGGGGUUGGGGUGGGUGGUGGGGGUUAAUAUCAGGACAACUCCUGGUCUUGAGAAUGAUAUAAAGUUCAUUAUAAAAUUAUGUUAAAUUCUAAAAUUUAUACAGAAAUAUCACAAAAAAAGAUGCCUUUUGCAUCAUGUACAUGAAGAGGCUUCAAAAGUUAAGUGUUUUGUAAUGUACAGUAAUUGCUGUUUAUUACAUGUAUUUAACUUUAAUGAGGUGGGGUGGCUUAAGCUUUGUUUUUAAGUUAGUAUGUGUUAGGAUGAUUUAAUAAAUUGCAAAUUGUGAUAGAGUUUUUAUCUACUAUAGGCUAAAUCAAUUCUUUUGUGGGCAAUGGAGCAAGGCGGUCCCCCUGAAAAGUGGGCAGCAACCCAGUGCUUGGCAAUGAGUGGUGUCAUCACAGACAAGAUCAUAGUGGAACUUGUCAAUCAUCUACAUGCUGAUAACGCUGUAAGGACUGAGAAGGCAGGAACUCUAUUAGCGCAGCUCAGCCAAAAGUCGGUAAGUCACUCUGUUAAAUGUCUGUGGUGCAAAGACAAAAGAAGCUAAGUCAUUCUGUUUUAAGCUGUUAAAUUCAUACAUUGUUUGGAUGUUUUUUGCUGUGAUGACCAGUGUGCUAUGCAUGAACUUAGACUUGCUGUUUGAAAGAGGAUUGUCUGUACAUGUAUUAUCUUUUAUUUCAAACCGGUUAUGGCCCAAUCUUUAUUGACUGAAGAUCAUACUUUGUCCUCUAAUUACAUCUACCUGUGUUUUAUAAUGCUUAUAAGUUUGCUUGACAAGAACACAUGGGGUGGACCCUAUUGCAGAGAGGUGCUCUUAUCGGGAUGAACAGAACGAUUACAUGUCAGUGGAACUUUAUGUUAACUAUUUGAGCUUGGUAAAUGCAAGUUAAACAAGACGUGUUCAUUUUCUUUUUGUCAAUCUUUUUAACCCAUUCACUACAAUUUUAAUUAACAUGCGACAUCUAAAGUAGAACAGAUUUAACCAAUGCCGUAAUUUGUGCACUUCAGUCAGUCAUAAUUACAAAACGAAACUAAAAAACUGGAUUGAAAUAGAAAUCAUGUCUGUACGUUGUAAUUAUUUCAUCGUACAGACAUGAACUUUUGAACCCGCUCAAGAAAACCUGUGUUUUCUGAGAGGUCGGGCAGGUAACUGAUGGAAGCAAACUCGCUCCAGGGCUUUUGUUUGACUACUCCCGCGUUCGUGACCUACGCGAAAAUGCAGGCUUUUCGGCAGUCUUGGUUUAAGUUUUUACAAUAGAGAUCGCAUGUUAUUGAAAAGCAUAUUAAUCUAUUUCCUCUAGGAUGUGGUACAGUCCUUGAUUGCUGAAUUACUGAACAGUAACAGUUGGAAGGACCGUGCAACAGCUUGUAAAGUGAUUCCGAAGCUUAAAGGAGGUGCUAACAAGGUGGGUAGUCUCUAGAUCCGAACUUGUCUAAUCCACACUAUAUUCUGUUAGCUUGGUUGUUAGAAUGUCUGUCUGCCUGCCUGGUAGGAGUUGAUGGGUUCCACCAAUUCCUAAAGUCUGUAAACAUAUCACUACAAGCUACAUGGUCUAAAAUAGGUACAUUUUGAGAUAGUAUAUAGGGCAUUGAACGGGAAAACGAGUAGGAGGAUGGGAGGAUGGAAUAAGAUGCGUUUCAGAGACACAUUAACAACUGUAGCUUGUGAUCAGAAGCCGGGCUUCCUCUUCUGUCAGUAUUAGAUCGUUUUGCCGGAAGGUCAAUUCGCCCGAUAACAGUUCUCCCAGACUAAGUCGAUUCGCCCGAAGCGCAUUUGUCGUUUUUUAAGCCUGAAAAAAGCGAAUAUGCAUGAAAAGACAGUGACUGCACAUGUGGAAUCCAAAAGUAACUAAAAUUAACAUCUCGAAGUAAGGUAUGUUCACCAUGUUGUAGAGGGUUGUAUGUCAUCGGGCGAAUCGACUUUCGGGAGAAACGACUACAAAUCUCUCCGCCGACGAGAAGUUAAUAGGGGUGUGCACACAAUAUAUCUUUUGGAACAUAAUUCCUGAUACAAACCGGCACUUGUUAAUCAUUCUUAUUGUCGUACCUGAUACAACUCAAACCAUCUAAACAUGCUGUGUUUGUAUUCUUCCAGGACAUGACUCACAAGUUAUCUUAUCUAAUGUGGAAUGACUGGAACAAAGAUGUACGCUCAGCAGCUGCACAGGCUCUUGGGAGAACCGGCAAUGGCAAGGUGCUGUACAGUAAACUCUGUGAAUCCUGAUAAUUUGAACCAAACCGCUUCUCUUUUUCAGGCAAACUCUGCAAGUGUACUCCCGUUCCUCCAUCUGUCCGAUUAUUCAACCAAUUACAUCACUGUAGUUUCAAAAAUUGCAGCUUUAUUGAUACGUAUAAUCUCACCAACAGCUUGUCCAUGAUGCAUUACGCGAGAGAAUUCUCACUGGAAACGAAAGGAUUAAAGUGGACGCGCUAAAAAAGGUAAGGACUGGGGACAAUGAGUUUGUAUUAGUUUAUAUUGUGACCAGACAAAUUAAGCUAGUCCAUGUGUUUUGCAAAUAAAGACAGAAAUUCCAAUCUGCUGACGUCGCAAGAGAAAUUUUGAGAGAGUACCGCGAAUGGGGAGCUUUGCUUUAAAACUAGCUGUGAGCUACACGCAACAUUUGAUGCGUAUUAUUAAAAGUAGAUGAGGUUUACUCACGUCUUGAUGAACAGGGGCCUGAAUGUGUUCGUUUUUUCUUUCUUAGCUCUCUAAUCUAGGUAUAAUGACGGCUCGUCUUCUGCCGGCCCUGCAGGAGUGUUUCAAGAGUGAAUAUGUGUCCGUGAGAAUCGAGGCUGCCAUGGUAACGAAAUUUUGUCGCUUUACUACUUUUUGUGAUAAGUUGGAAAGCCUUUUUCCCUUUUUUUCCCUGCCCUUGGCGGGUGAACCCGAUUUGUAUGUGAUUGGUUACUACUACCACUACCACCACCACCACUUUAUACUACUACAACUACUACUACUAACAAUACAGACCCAUUGUGCAAGAUUUUUGGUCAGUUUCAGGAAACUAUUGACCAUAUUGCGACAGGGUGCCCCGAGCUGGCCAAAACUGAAUGCCUACACAAUUCCGGAAGUGAUAAGAGCCCUGGGACUAAUGUAGAAAGGGCUGGAGAAAUAUAUACAGCAAAUCCCGGGUAACAUCAAAAUACAUGAACUAUACAAGAUCACACUACUUGGAACACCUCCCAACCCAAGAAAGGCACCCUCGAUCAAAUACACUUCUACCUAAUUAUAACCCUAGGCCCUAGGAAUGGGCUCGGCUGUUAUGUUGUAUAAUGAUGUAAAUUAAGUUAAAGAAGACAAUAACAACAACGACAACAACAACAAUAAUAAUAAUAAUAAUAAUAAUAAUAAUAUUAAUAUUAAUAUUAAUAUUAAUAUUAAUAUUAAUAUUAUUAAUAAUAAAUAAUAAUAAUAGUUUUAUAGUGUGAAUAACAGAGAUGUUAUCUUGCAGGCUGCAGGCAAGUUGAAGAUCACAGACAAGGGUAUACUGAGUUCGCUAAUGCGUCUGGCGAGUGAUGAUAACAGUUGGAAAGUGAAAGCGCACACCAUCAAAGGUGAGCACUAUCAAACCAUUAAACCAAGGACAGGAAUUUGCCGUUCACUUCAGCUUCAGCAUGUCAGUUACCACAGCACUAACUGGUGCACAGGUAGCCUGAAAUUCAUCCGAUUGCUUCGAGUCGUUUUCUCCUCUCAACAACGUCUGAAUCGACCGGCCGUUAAUGCCGUCCAGUGACGUCACUCACUACCCGAAAACCGGGUAGUGGUUUUGAUUGGUUGAUUGUCUAAACAUUCGCAUAAUUAUGUAUAAUUAUGAAAAAUUUUAGCGGGAUUGUCAUUUGAUAUUCAUUGCAUCGCGUCCCUAGCAUUCAUUCGGUUAGUUCAAACAUUUCUAUGAGCUUAAUCUUUAUCUUAAACAGCAAAAUUGCCCUUGUCUUCGAAACUGACAUGCUAAAUUGAACUGCGAAUGAAGAAUCAUUGUGGAGAGUCGGUAGGUUUUUCAUUCAGAGCCGCUUUGUGGUUUCGGUGGCCGGUGAUUUUGUUUACGCGAAGUUUUCUGAGAUCAAUGUUAUAAUUCGACCUUCUUGCUAUUUUUACCGUCAAUAGUGAUGAUCCUAUUAGCUUUUUUUCUUGUCUCCUUGUUUUUUUUCUUCGUUAAGGACCAAAUAGCUUUUUUCAAUUAAAGCAAAUCAUUGUAGUUUUGAACUAAGUGUUCCGUGCGUGUGUUUAUUUCAUUGCGUGAUUGCGACCGAGUUUGAUUAUAGAAUUUAGUACAACCGGUUCAGAGUUGUACCGCAUGCAGUUGAUAGUUUGAACGUUAAACAUGAAUUACAAUCGAAAAAAAUAAAGCAGUUCUGUAUCAUGCAGACAUUUCCAAACGAUAUUUCUCGGUUUGCCACUUGAAAAUCGUGUUUUGCUUUUUGCAUGAAUUAAAGCAAAGGUCAAGGAGUAGUGACGUCACUGGACGGCAUUAACGGCUGGUCGAUUCAGACGUUACCGAGGGAGUAAUAACGACUCGAAGUAAUCGGAUGAAAUUCAGGCUAGUGCACAGGCUGAUAUACGAAAUAGUGUCCCUCUUUUUUUGUGGGUUCAGAAUGAUUACGUUGUUCAGAAGUAAUUAAAAAUAACAAUGAAAAUAAUAAUAUUGAUAAACUUGUAUUACUCAGAUAUCAUUCUAUAGAACAUUUUCAUCUGCACUUUACAAUGUUUAAGAAAUAAUGUCAACUGGAAAGCUGAAACCUUAAAAUAUUACUCAAAAUCCUACAAUACAUCGAAUUCUUUGUCACACAUUAUAGUGCAUAGUUAAUAAAAGUUAACCCAUUUGCCCCUGAACCGCCCGUAACCGCCCGUGUGGAUCCACGUCCUUUCUACCCCUUGUGACAUCAUCAGUUUUAACGGUCAAGGACAACUUUGUCCCGUAACUUGUGCAGAGUGAAGAGAUCUUUCAAACCAUACUAGAAUGAGCACAAUUCAGUCAAAGACACCGGAGAAAAAGGACAAAAACUAUGUAACAUUGGCCUGAAAAUCUCCACCUACCUUUCCUUUCACCUAAUCCUAAGAUCCUAAAAGCUUUCCUAAAAACUCUUCCCACCAAAAUGAAGCCUACUAAAUGCCCAGCAAGAGAAAAAAAAUGAAGCAAGAAAAGCGAAAAAAGAGGGGAGGAGAGAUAGCGAAAAGUAAAAGUCAAGACUGCUGUGUCACUUUUAAACCCAAAAACUCUCGAAAUUUUGCUUUCUGCGCAUGCCCGAACUUCGCAAGCUGGUAUUUUGCAUCUGGAUCAGAAGGCCGUAAAGUGUACGACCUGUAAACGGGUUUGCGGUAAGUUUUAGCUCUUUAUAGCUCGACAGUGAUCAGAAAACCACUCGACUAGCUUCAAAACGCGUUUUACGGCAAAAUCUCCAGGAGCGAAUGGGUUAACUAAGAAACACCUUCUGAAACAAAUGUGUUUUUAAGAGACUUUUUAAAGCUAUUUGCAGAAUCUGAUUAUUAUGUGUACCCCUAGUCUACUACACAGCCGUUGUAGUGUCGUCACGCAACGCUCCUUCCUCCCUUGUGGGGAGGAGCAUUGCGUGACGACAAUAAGAACGGCUGUGUAGCAGACAAGUGUACCCCUUGACAUCAUUAAAUUUCUUGACAGCUCUUGGCUGUAUAGGAGUGGUGGAUGAGAAGCUCAUUGAAGUUUUGUUGUGGUCCAUUCGCUAUGAGAAGGUAGCCGCUGUACGCGCAGAGGCGUGUAACGCUGUCGCGGUGCUGGGCUUGCGAGAUGAGCGUUUGUUGGGCGUUCUUCAGGAUCGCCUUGUGGUCGAAACUGAAGAAAUUGUCAAGAGGUAUUAAACAUUCGAGCUGAUUUUGUGAUAAUAAUAAGCUAGUAUACAGUACACCUCCUACUCUGUUACCUACUUGAAGUUAUAAAAGUAUAUAUAUGAAAUUUCUUAAGUUUGAACGUUAACAACAUAUUUUUAACGUGAAAGAUCAUCGCAGUUCCGUACGUAACCAACACACACAAAACAAAACAAAACAAAACAAAAAACAACCCCAACAAGAAAAAGACAAACAAACAACAACAACAACAACGACAAAACUGCAAACCAAAAACAAACUCUAAGACAAAAAGCAUUCAGGCGGUUGGCCUGAACGAGAUUCGAACCUAUGAUAGCCUGAGUUUCAGGCGUUCCUUAGGGGUUAGGAGAGAGGAGAUUUCAGCGGAGGGGGGGGGAAGGGGGAAGAGAGAGAAAUUUCUCUCCCUUCGCUUUCUCCCCUAAGCGCUUCUUUCUUCGCUUUUUCCCCAAGAAACUCCUUAUACUCAUGCUAAACCCACGACCGAUGCCUUUGCAUUGCUCUUCCCACUUUGUUAUCAAGCCAGCUGGGAACUGGUCACUUUGUGGGUUCGUAAUUUAUAUCCGUAGAAGAUGAAGAUAUGAAAGUUAAUACCCGGUAUAUGAAGGUUUAUGACGGGAAUUCCAAGAGCUUCGUGUGGUGAUUACCGUUCUAAAAAUAGCAAGAUUCGGGAAAUAUGUCAACUCUAGGGCGUGUCACAGCCUCCUCCUUAGGCGCUUCGUUCUUCGCAUGGUAGAGGCGAGCGCGAAACGCGACUGACCGGUGAUGAACCGCAAGGGACCAUGGGAAGGGUACAUAUGUCUCCUUCCCGCCUUCCUUUGCGCGCACAUUUUCAUCUCGAGAGAGAGACGUCUGGGUACGAGGCAGGGCGUGUCACAUAUGUAGCCGGACCUCUCUCUACCACAGAGACCUCUUUGUGUCGUUGCUAUUUUUCUUGGGAUACCCAGCGGGAGCCUCUGCGGAGGAGAGAGGAGCCGAACCCCGAGUCAUGAGCUCCUGAUUGUAAUGAGUAAUGGUAACAGGACUGAGUGGGGUCCAAUUUGGUCUGUAAUCAUACGAGUGAUUAACAAAAUCGGACGACCGCGUAGCGGGAGUCCGAUUUGUUUAAGCACGAGUAUGAUUAGAGACUGAAUUGGACGACACGAAAUUCUGUUACUAAUUAAUCAUAACUUUAACAAAAUUUGUGAUAUAUAAGGCUCUUUUUUUUAAAUCAAAACGGAAAAAUCCAAUUUUUUUUUGCUAUGAUGGCGCGUACAGUCCUAUUAAGGCUGAAAUCAGGGCAGUUGAUGGCCAAUCAGAUUUGAGAAUUUUGUUAUAGUUAUGAUUAGUGUAUAAAGAGUAUAUGCCAAAUCAUCUUGUGUUAGCAAGACUUCUCUUUCUACCUUUUCAUAGAGAAGCGAUCAUGACGUUGGAGUCGCUGGGUGUACAGCCGACGGGAGAUUUGGAGAUGGUUGAAGCCAUUAGGCAAGAAGUUAGACGAUUGUGCAAGAGAGAUGCUAUUGUGGCGCAUAUCCUGCAAGAAGACCAAACAGCCGAGUACGCGAGUGAUUAUAAGCGCCUUUUCACCACCGAAGCUGAACAAGGCCUGCCCGUGCGCGUCGCGUCACGAGCAACGAAAGUUGGCUCGCGCACGGUUUCACGCGCCACGAGUGAAUCCUCGCGGGGAUGGGACCCAAUUCUCGCGGGCUAUCAUGCUCGAGAAAGGAUGUCUAGGGCUCCAACGCCUGGAGAUCUUAUAAUGAGGCGAUCUUAUCUUCCUCUGGAUUUAAAUAGCACUUCGUCUGAGAACAGUGACGCCGCAAACCUAGACAAAUGGGACGACCUAUCCGAGCAUUCUGAAAGUGAUGCGGGGUCUGGUGAUGAGCUGGAGAAAGAGGAAGGUAAUUUACAGGAAAAGCAGGAGAGCAAAUCGGCUGCGUGGCCGCCAUCGACGUCUCCUUCAAAAGUGGAAUUUUCUGAAGAUCAAGGAGCGCUUGUCAAAUCCUCUUUCAGUGACCAGGCCGAAGAAGAUGGCGACCAAGAUUCAGAUGCUCUGCUGGAACUUGAGUCAAAUAAAGAUGAUCCUGAACUUUUAAAACUCGCGGACGAAAUCAGCGAACGAAACAUUUCUUCCCCGAGCCUUUCUGUCCACGAUCAGUCUGACGUAAUCGCCGCCGGGAACCUUGAAAAUAGCUCUGUUUCGUCACAGCGUACAGACUCUUAA